AUGCCUAUCACAUUUACUGACUAUUACCAACAAUUACCAAAACUACGUAACUUUUUAAGAACACAUUGUAAUAAAAUCAUAUAUUUCAACUCAUAUGAAGAACUUCCACACUUGAAUCAGCAAAGUUUUAGAGCUAUCAGCAAUGACUUGGAAAGACAUUUUAAUUAUCCACUAGAUUCUAUAAUUGAUUUUCAAGUUAAGAUCAUACCCAUUAAUAAUGGUGAGGUUAAUAUAUCAAAAGAGUAUAUCUUACGUGGUGUAAUUAAAUACAAUGAAGAAUAUAUGCAACCAUGUUUUAUAUUUAGAUUAACAAAAGAAGAAGAAAUAGGAUGUGGACAUAGUAGCAAAACUAUUAUAUCUACAAUCAAUAUUAAUGAGAUAUAUAGGGUCGCAUCUAAAAAUGGAUAUGAAUUUCCUAUUAUGUCGGAUUUAGUUUCAUUGCCAUUUGCUUCAGAUGAUUAUAGUAUUUGGGAAGUUGUUCAUUCAUGCGAUAUUGAUAUGGUGGUUAAUGGUAAUGAUGAUAAUAUUGGUGAAUAUUUGCAAAGAUGGUGCAGCGUAUACAUUUUUAAACUUUUCGAAUCUUUUUGUUUUCUCUCGGCUUAA